GCCCGCGGCCGGGCCGGGUUCGGGCCCCGCCGGAGCGGGGGAGCCGCCCGCGGAAGAUGUGGGCGCACGUCUGGAGGUUCCUGUACAGCAACUACUUUCGGUUCUGGCUCAAGUGGGUGCUGCGGCUGCUGACGGGCAAGUGCGAGCUGCAGCGCCUCCUGGGCGGCGCGGAGGCGGGCGCGCGGCGGACGCUGGGCGUAGAACAUUCACUGGAAUCAUCAAAAAAUAAGGUUUUAAGAAAUGCUGUACACGUUGAAGAAGCUGAAGUGGACAAAUGUGUCAGAGAUGUAAUGAAAGAAAAGAAGAUUGAACAGAAGGAUACAGGGUUUAAGGCAAAUUUGCAUAUAUCCUUGCUACAGAUAUCAGGUUAUAAAAAACUGUAUUUGAAUGUGGAAAACCUAAGGAAGGUCCCGUAUGAUUCAGAAAAUGAAGAACAUGAGGAACAGUUAAUUGAGCUCUGGAAUUUGCUGAUGCCUCACGAGAAUCUGAAGGCCAGAAUCAGCAAACAGUGGUGUGACAUCGGCUUCCAAGGCGAUGAUCCUAAAACAGACUUCAGAGGAAUGGGGCUGCUGGGCUUAGUGAAUCUGGUGUAUUUUAGUAAGCAUUACACCAACGAAGCUCGUCAGAUCCUUUCUCGAUCAAAUCACCCAAAGCUGGGAUACUCCUAUGCCAUAGUUGGGAUCAAUCUGACAGAGAUGGCGUACAGCUUGCUCAAGAAUGGUGCUUUAAAGGCUCAUCUCUACAACACGGUCUCUGGGUUGCCACAGAUGGAGCACUUCCAUCAGUUUUACUGUUAUCUAGUUUAUGAGUUUGACAAGUUCUGGUUUGAAGAAGAACCAGAAAGCAUUAUGCACUUCAACCAGUACAGAGAGAAAUUCCAUGAAAAAAUUAAGGGACUUCUACUGGAUUACAAUGUGGUACUGACCUUACAAGAUACAAAGAAACCUUAAUUCCUCUGCAGUAAAUGAAGUUCUGUAUCAAAAAUUGGGUGAUGCAUUUGGACAGAAGUUUUGUGUGUUUCACCAAAAACUGUCUAACAAUAGAACUUUUUUUUUUACCUUAAAAAAAAAAAGAAAAUUAGCAAAAUUCAGUUAAGAAAGCUUGGACAAUCAACCUCUGUUUACAGGUAUUUUUUAUGCUAUUCUCCAAAGGGCAGCUUUUUGAAAAGGAACAAAACCCAACCACAAAAAACAACCCACAAAUCUCAAGAACCUCUGAAUUGGUUACUUUUUCAUUUUCUUUUAUACUUCUUGGUGCAGGACCAUGAAGCAGGUAUUUGUGCUGCAUUAUAUUUUCUGUGAAUGGGUUUGACUGUUAAUGGUCUUUCAAAAGAGAGUUUAAGUUCAGCUUUUCAAAUUUGAAUUUAAAUUCCAACCUUUUAAUGUAACGGUUAAAGUUCAGCUUUUAGUUGAAAUUGUUGUGAUUUUAGAUUUUUUGUGUUCUUGUUCCUUUACAUGUCAUUGAUCAUUCACUCAACAAUGUUAAAUUUCUUUGUAAUUAAGAGGUCCUCAAAGGAGAUGUAUUAUUUGUUUAUAAUUUUGGAGAAGAGGCUUAAUCCAUCAGCAUAUUUAUGUACUUACUAGAAAUUACUUCUGGGUAAGGAAAUUUAUCUAUGGAUUUGCACCAGCCAAUUCCUAUGUUGGAAGAAGUCUAGUUUGCAAACCAACAAAAAGAACCACGUGUCAUCAGCACAAGGAUAAGAUCCUCAGGCUAAAGCUACUCUUUCUAAAAGUAUUCCUAUUGUAAAAACUUUUGAUUCUUUCUGAUCUGACUUCAAAUCUGAGGAUGAUUGACUCAGAAUUUGUUGUCAGCCCUUUCUUCUAGCAGCUAAGGGGGUAUUCUUAGUGGGAGGUGCAACAGAUCUACUUUAGCCCUUCUAUAAAGUUGAAAAAAACCCUUUAUUGCAGCUGCAGUCCUUAUUUUGUAAAAAUAAAUUCACAUCUGAGUACAAGUCUAAAAAAUAUGUAUUUUCCAUGGAAGGGAUGCAACUUUGAUGUGUUCCUUAGUCUUGCCAUCCUCAGACAAUCUAAUAGAUAGAACUUCAUGUCUUUAUUGUGACUGAUUCUUGCUUAGAGCAACUUUAAAUGGAUUUGGUAUGACCAUCACUUUGUUUUCUAAGACCUUCUAUUAAAUAAGUGCCUUCUGCUGUUUUCAAUCAGCUUUUUAUUUUGAUUCUUCUAGCUAGAUCAGUCUUAGAAACUUGAGUAAUUUGAGAAAGAUUUUUUUCACCAUAUACCUAAAUAGCUCACAGUGGCACAACAUUUAUAUGCUGAUACAAGCUUUCAUAUAUUUUUUUUAAUCAUCUCAGGUAAACUAGUUAAUUUCUAGUCAGUGACUACUCCAGAAGAGAUUCCUGAAGAAUAUAAGCAUUGAGGUAAAAUAAAAGGAAAACAACAACAACAAAAAAGACAAACCCAUUUUUAUAAUGAUUGUUAUUACACUACAUAAGUUUGAAUUAUAACAUCUAAUACUGCAUUUUUUGGAGAUCAUCAAAACCCACCUGGACAUGGCCCUAAGCAGCCUCCUUUGAGGGACCCUGCUUUUAGGCAGGGGAUUGGUCUUGGUGAUCCCCAGAGGUGCCUUCCCACCCCAGUAAUUCUGGGAAUCUGUAUUGUGUAAGCAGGGACAUGUUGCACUGCAUCCACCCUUGUGCUCUUGGUCCCUUAAAUGCUGGGGAUCUCUUGCUUGUGGGGAAGCUCCUGAUCAGGGUACACAGUGCAUGUAUGUGGGGUAACACAGUUCUCUUUUCUUUUUGUGAUACUUUAGGUACAGACGAGAGUCAGACAAGUUGAAUGUGUUCAGGGUGAGGAAGGGUUCAGUCUCAUGUGAAGAUGCACAUAGGGAGGGUAAUUUUGGUUUGCCCUGGCUUGUAAGCUGGAUAGCUGAACUGACCAGAUUAGGUCCAAACUGACAAUGGAAGGCCCAGUUCUUUUGCUGCUGCCCUGUACAUGGAUCCUGGAAUACUCACCAGUGAAGAGCUGAGGUCCUGCGGAGAGCAUUCUGGGAUUCAGGUCCUGUGGUGGAGCUCUGUUUCUCUGAGCCUUGCAGACACUGACAUGCCAAAAAUCCAAGGAAGGAAGUGCAAAGUGGAUUCCUUCCCAGUGGCCCAAGUGGUUACCUUUUAGCUCCGUCUUCUGGAGCAAAGAAUCUCCUUUGUUGCUGCUGCCAAACAUAACUGGGGUCACUUCUGGCAUUCAAACAGUCAGCUGCAUGUUGCUUGCAAAGGAGAUCCUAUUUGUUUUCAUCUACUGCCUGCCAGCUAGUUACAAAAUCGUUUGAGCCAUCUCUAAAGGCUUCUCUGAGUUAAGUCUGAUUUUUUUUUUUUUUUUGGCAACAGUUGCAAACAUAAUCUACACCCUUGUCUUUCCAGCAUUGAAACUUCACACAUCUGAGAGGUUUCAGUGUCAAAUGUAGCUCAAGCUUUUAAUAAGAUACAUCUUUGCUAGGUUUUUUUCUUUUUAAAUCAAUGGGUGAUCUGGCAGUAAACUGUGGCAGUAUACAAAGAGAAAAAUAAACCCAACCCUCAUUAGAUGAGUGAGGCAUAAGGGAAUACAUUAGUUUGCAUGCAGUAAUUAAGGUGAAUGUUUAUCUUAGGUUUCAGUGCACCUUCCCAGGAAACAACUAGAAUUUGCAUGUGGUUUUGUAUGAUCAACAAGCCCAGUAAUUCUGUCCAGGAGUCCCUCACUAGAUGUAGACUAGAACUGGGUGUCCCUGUUUGCACCCCUGGUAGGUUAACUGUGUUAUGGUGGUAGCUAGAAAAUGUAUUGAAAUAGGUAAAAUUGUGUUUAGAGAAGGCAAGAACAAGGCUUUACUAGUCAGUGGUAUUUUAUGCUAACUCUGUUGUAGGGUGACAAUCCUAAGGUUAUGGAAGACUGGAAAUGGAGGUAGGCCACUUUUCUGCAAGUUGAUAUAAUCUUUAACAUCAGAAUUUGUUGCUCACAGGUUAUUCUAAGAGUUUUAAAAGCUCAGUAAAUUAUUAUUUAUUAACCAUCAUGUUUUAAAUACAUAUUAGCUCACUAGAACUUGCAAGUGCUAUUAGUUUUCCAACUUGCUGCUUCUUUAAAACAUACACUAUGUGAAAGCUUGUAUGCAAUAGUAUUAAAAAAAUUAAAACUGGAGACAAGGUGGUUCUGUAAAUUUGAAAUUGUUGUUGUGCCUGUAGCAAACGUUUAACAAACUACCUUCACUUUUGUUGUUUAGUGUGUGCUUGAAACAUGGUGCCACUCUGUGAACAAAUUAACCUGAAGAUAAGCAGAAGUUUACUACAAGCAACUGUAAAAUCUAGUCUUUCACUAAGUAAGCACAUUGUUUCAGAAGUAACUAACUUGAUGGGAAAGCCAUCUGAGGACAGUGGAAGAAAGAAACAAUGUUUUUAAACUGGUUGGGCUUCUGCCAUCUGAUACAGCCAUGUAAAUAAUAGGGCGUCUUUUCCUAAAGGGGAAUAGUAAAAGGGGCCAAUUUAAACAACCCAGGUAAAUAGUUUUGGACUUUCAGUCUUAAAAAUGCAACAAAAAUUAAACACACGCACAGCUCCAUUGGUUUUCCAGAUUUUUCCGUCCUAGUCUAAAAAAAAUUUCGCAAAAGAAAUUACUUAGCCUUGUUUUAGGAAUUAGGAUGAAAAGGUUUGUGUUUAGUUAGGUGGGAGUUGAGCAGUCAGUAUCUUUGACAAUACUGCUAGUGAUGUGUGGUGAAGAUGUAACCUGUGGUUUCCUUCUCUCCUCCUUGUUUGUGUUGCUGUAGUACCAUGGUGACCCAUCUUUGGACUGAUGUUUCUUGUGCCAGCCUAGAUUCUGUCUUUCUGUAGGGAAUUAAGAACAACCCAGCCCAAGACAACUUGGGGGCAGUUUCUUCUUAUGACACUGUGCUUAGAUAGCUGCAUACUAAUAGGAAUUCCUGUUUACCACAAUCUAAAAGCAAUAAUGUAUACUGUGAUGUCUGUGUAAUAGAGAUGUUUACAAUGGUAGCAAAUAAAGAACGGGUUAUUCCAAGAUAUUGUCAA